CGUUGUCCAGUCCGUUACCCAGGCAACGAGCCGGGAAACGGCCGGCAUUGCUGCAGCGCGGGCUGGGAAGGAAGCCUCGGAACUGGCUGGGCCUCGUCGGGGCAUGUGGGAGCUCGGGCCGGGUGACUCUUCGGAAACUUUGGGGCACAGGAAAACAUAUGGAUGUUGGAGGCGCAGAGAGGGAUGCGGCUUGUUAAGGGGAGCAGCCCGGCUUGGUGGCCUGGAAUCUUAAGCUUUUGACUCCUGGUGCAAAGGUUUAUCCGCAGGCGGCUUUACAGGACAAAGAAAAAAUGGCGCUCCCCACGCUGCCCUCCUACUGGUGCAGCCGGAGGCUUCUGGGUCAGCAGGCAGCACGACAGCGACAAAGAGAGCAAGAAGCCCGGCUUCGGCAGCAGUGGGACCAGAACAGCCAUUACUUCCAGAUGUCUGACAUCUGCUGCUCUAAACAGGCAGAAUGGAGCUCCGAAGCCUCCUACCUGCGGAGCAUGCACGCCUACCAGCGAGAGAGGAUGAAGGAGGAGAAGAGGAAGAGUCUGGAAGCUCGUCGGGAGAGACUCAGGCAGCUUAUGCUGGAGGAACAGGACCUGCUGGCCAGGGAACUGCAGGAGCUGAGGCUGAGCAUGAACUUGCGGGAACGAAGAAUCCGGGAGCAGCAUGGGAGUCUGAAAUCUGCCCGAGAGGAGCAAAGGAAACUGAUCGCUGAACAGCUUUUGUAUGAACACUGGAAAAAGAACAACCCAAAACUUCGAGAGAUUGAGUUGGAACUUCACAAGAAGCAUGUGAUAAACUCUUGGGAAACGCAGAAAGAAGAAAAAAAACAGCAAGAAGCCACCAAAGAGCAAGAGAAGAGACGAUACGAAAAUGAAUACGAAACAGCUCGAAGGGAAGCGAUGGAACGGCUGAGAGCCGAGGAGGAGCGAAGGCGUCUGGAGGACAAGCUGCAGGCCGAGGCGCUGCUGCAGCAGAUGGAGGAGCUGAAGCUGAAGGAGAUGGAGGCAACCAAACUGAAGAAGGAGCAGGAGAAUCUUUUGAAGCAGCGGUGGGAGCUGGAGAGACUGGAGGAAGAGAGGAAGCAGAUGGCGGCCUUCCGGCGGAAGGCAGAGCUGGGGCGUUUUUUGAGACAUCAGUAUAAUGCACAGCUCAACAGACGCACCCAGCAGAUCAAAGAGGAACUGGAGGCAGACAAGCGGAUCCUGCAGUCACUCCUGGAGGAGGAGGACACAGCCCAGCGCAUGCACCUGACCAGGCGGGAGCAGGCUCUGGCGGACGUCGCCUGGAUGAAGCAGGUCAUCGAGGAGCAGCUGCAGCUGGAGAGGACACGGGAGGCAGAGCUGCAGGCGCUGUUGAGGGAGGAGGCCAAAGAGAUGUGGGAAAAGAGGGAAGCAGAGUGGGCCCGAGAGCGGAGCGCGCGGGACAGACUGAUGAACGAGGUUCUGACGGGGAGGCAACAGCAGAUACAAGAAAAGAUUGAACAGAACAGACGGGCACAAGAGGAAUCCCUGAGACACAGGGAGCAGCUCAUUCAGAAUCUCGAGGAGGCAAGGGAGUCGGCUCGCCGUGCCAAGGAGGAGAGUGAAGAACUGAAGUCAGCCAGGAAGCAGGAGUUGGCAGCCCAGGUGGCAGAGCGCCAGCUGCAGGCGUGGGAAGCGGACCAGCAGGCAGAGGAGGAAGAGGAGGGGGCCAGGCAGGCAGAGCAGCUCUCGGACGCUCUGUUGCAGCAGGAGGCGAAGAUGAUGGCUGAGCAGGGCUACCGGCCCAAGCCUUACGGACAUCCCAGAAUUGCUUGGGACUAACUUCGCUGGUACCGUAAGCAUGGAGAAGAGUGGUGCUGAGUUCAUUGAUCCGCAGCUGCCAGACAGUGUCACCGUGUUUGGCUCUGCUCAGUGGCAGUUCAGCUCUGCAUGUUCAGGUGCAUGAUCAAGGGCAGCUGGAAGGACCUGGCAGCUCACAGGGCGUGGGUGUGCAGAACCUGGUGAGAGGCUCUCUCCUGCCUUUCUCUUCCAAGAGGUCUCUUACAGCUCAUGUUUACAGUACUCUUGUAACAUAUUCAUAAAUAGUUUAAGAUUCCAGAUCAAUACUAAGAGACACAAGUUGUAUUUCAUGACAGGCAAUGUGGUUUCUUGUCUCACCCUUGUCAACCUCCAGUGAAGCCUACCCAGAGACAGGGAAGGCUCUCUUUCUUUGCAGUGCUGGGGAUGGAACCCAGGGCACUGCACGUGCUAGGCACGCACUCCGCCACUGGCUACAUCUCCAACCUCAUAUUUUAAUUUCGUAAAUGGUUGUUUUGAGAAAACAAACUUGCAGGGCUUGGUGCAGUUUAUAAGGUUUAUUAAUUUAGUGUCCCAAAGGCUCACUUCUUUUAUAUUUGGGAAGAAAAGAACUAUGAAUAAUUAGGACCUUUCAACAGUCUGAUGGUCUCUGAAUGCUUUCUGGAAAGGUGGUGAGAAAUGAGUCUUUCCUGCUUCAGGAAGUGUUUAGUUAGAGUUUCCGCAGAAAAUCUGUACACUGUACACAGGGCAGUGAUUACAACAGGAAUGUCGCUGAGCCUCAAAAAGGACCCCAAAAGGUCACCUGACUGACUAGUCUUUUAAAGGCAGGACCGUGACCCUCAGGGCUGCUGGGGUCUUGGGAAGGUUUUAGUUUCUUGCAGCCUUCUGGGAUUUUUGUGCCCAGAGGAAGGGGCUGAACCUGAAGAAACCAAUCAGACAGGGAACCAUGGAUCAGCCCCACGUGUCCCCUCUGUCCUAUCAAUGUGACAUCGUUGCAGAUUUGCCUCUGUAAACAGCUGCAGUUCCUUGCAGUAAUAACCGUAUUUUUAUGACUGGUAUUUAUCCACACUCUUCUUCUGAGGUUUCAGUUUUCAUGGCAUUUAUUCAAGUUGCCGUAUCUCAGUAAAUUAUAGCUACUUAUAGGGUAUUUUUCUAUGGUUAUCAAAAACCAGAGUUUAUUAAAAUAUUUUUGAGGGCCUGAGUCGUAGCUCAGUGGUAGAGCACCUGCCUAGCACAUGUGAGGCAUUCGGUUUGAUUCUCAGCACCGCAUAUUAAUUAAUUAACUAAUUAAUUAAAGGUCCAUUGACAACUAAAAAAAAAUUUAAAUGUUUUCGAGUCUCAGGGCUGCAUUACCUUUUUCUUCCAUUAUGUUGUAAAAACAAUUUGAGCUGCAGACCGCAUCCUGAACCUGUUUCGUUUUCUAGUCUUGGAGUUCUCCAGACUAGAAUGUGCACGCACUGCACCACUUGCGUCUUGCUUGCUCAUCUUUGUUCCCCGUCCAGAUGCUCAUUAAUCAUGAAACGAAGCACUACUUUGACAGCAUCCCUUCCAAGCUUUGUGACUGUUGCUCUUAUUUAUUGCUACAGUGGGGGUUGCUAGUGAUGGCUUUUUACAGAUUUAACCCACAUCUCCUACAGGUUUGGAUAUUUUCUGUGACUGAUCGUUUUAUAGGUCAUGUUCAUUUUUCUUGUCAGAGUGGUGUGUUCUCCCCUUAUUUCCUUGGGAACAACAGAAAAUUAUGAGCAAUCAUAUGCUGAGUUCCAGUACAGAACUGAUAAGGACAGGAUACCUGGCAAAUAGGUGUUCAGAUAUUUGCUGAAUAAAUCUUUAUUUUUGAAGCCUGGAAGUAAUCUUCCUCAUUAGCAUUAAAAUUCUGGCACACUGGUUCUUCCUAAUAUAUUUAAAUAUUUCCUCACUAAAGGACUAAAAUACUUAUUUUGUAAAUUGGACUUCCCACUGUCAUCUCCUGUGCUCUUAUGGCACACGUGUUUUGGUUGUGAUUAUAGCUAUCUGUAGUCAGGUGCCACCUGGUGACAGGGAUUCAGUUUCACUGCUGGCCAACAGUACUCACCCAUACUAAGAUGGUAGAGUGUGCUACACGCCUCGGCUCCUGUGUUGCCUGGAGUAUGCACAUCAUUAUGUGAUGCAAGACUGUAUAUUGGUUUUAUUGUUUCAAAGUACCUUUUUCUACUUAAAAUCAAUGAUAUUCUAGGACUGAGGAUGUAGCUCAAUGGUGGAGUGCUUACCUCUCAUAUCGGAGGCCUUGGCUUUGAUCCCUAACACUGCUAAGUAAAGAAAGAAAGAAAUAAAGACUUUUAGGUUAUUUUUCAGAUUCUGCUGAAGGUUGAUUCCUUUUAUACAGGUGGUGCUGAGGCCAUUAGUGAUAUGAAACAGUUCUUGCAGCACUUUUCAAACAGUGACCUUUUUCUCUGCUCCUCAUUCAGCACAUUCUCUCUGGAAAUGGUUGAGUGCUAGGUCUGGGCAGGUUACAAAGCUGAGCAAGAACGCUGACAGACGCUGGAAAGGGACACGG